AUGGUAGGCAAGAACGAAAAGUCGGGUAUUACGCGUAUUGGUGGCAGAUAUAGGAUGACUCCUGGUGUCCAAGUAGGUUCAGUAAUUAAGUGUGCCGAUAAUGGUGGCGCGAAUGUCCUUAAAAUCAUUGCAGUAAAAGGUCCUAGAACGACUUUAAGUAGGUUGCCUUUUGCUUCACCUGGAGAUAUUCUGAUUACGUCAGUUAAGAAGGGUAAGCCAGAUAUGCGUAAGAAGGUUGUUCCAGCUGUGUUAAUUAGACAGAGGAAGUCUUGGCGGCGUAAAGAGGGUCUUUUCAUUUCAUUUGAAGAUAAUGCAGCAGUGGUUAUUACUCCUAAAGGUGAGCCAAAAGGAACGGCAGUUUCUGGGCCAGUAGCUAAGGAAUGUGCUGAUCAUUGGUCAAAGAUUGCAGCUAUGGCUUCUUGUGUUAAGUAA